AUGAUGAACGGUUACGACGAGAAGCGCAGCUACGGCGACGAGCCCGAGGUGGGCGGCUUCGUGCGCGCUUUUGAUGCUUUUCCCAAAUCAAAACCUCAAUAUGUCACGCGGACAUCGGACGGUGGCAAGUGGACGGUCGUCAUGAGUGUGAUAUCGCUGGUCCUCCUGUGGACGGAGCUCGGACGCUGGUGGCAGGGCGAGGAAAACCACACUUUCGCUGUAGAGAAGGGCGUCGGGCACGAGAUGCAGAUCAACCUCGACAUUGUGGUGCACAUGCAAUGUAAGGACCUCGACGUCAAUGUACAGGAUGCCGCGGGCGAUCGCAUCUUUGCCGAUACCAAGCUGCGCGAGGACGCGACCCUCUGGACCCAGUGGGCAGACCACACAGGCAUUCACAAACUGUCCGCCGAUGCCAAUGGCCGUGCCGUCACCGGCGCUGGCUGGCACGACGAGGGCUUUGGCGAGGAGCACGUCCACGACAUCGUCCACCAGGGGAAAAAGAGGGCCAAGUGGGCCAAGACGCCGAAGCUCAAGGGCGGCCAGGGCGACUCGUGCCGUAUCUACGGAAGCCUCGACCUCAACAAAGUCCAGGGAGACUUUCACAUCACUGCUCGUGGUCACGGGUAUUUUGAGUUUGGAGAGCAUUUGGACCACAAGAACUUCAACUUCUCCCACAUUGUCAACGAGCUGUCCUUCGGCCCCUUCUACCCCUCGCUCGUCAACCCUCUCGACCGCACUGUCAACGUCGCCGCCGCACACUUCCACAAGUUCCAGUACUUCAUGUCUGUCGUCCCCACGGUAUACAGCAUGGGCACCUCGAAGCGCAACACAAUCUUCACCAACCAGUACGCCGUGACCGAGCAAUCCCAUGAGGUCGGCGAGCGCACCGUGCCGGGCCUUUUCUUCAAGUACGACAUUGAGCCGAUCCUCCUGACCAUUGAGGAGCGCCGUGCGGGGUUCUUCGGGUUCGUCAUCAAGGUGAUCAAUCUCAUCAGCGGUGUCCUUGUCGCCGGCCAUUGGUGCUUCACCUUCAGCCAGUGGGCAGGCGAGGUUGCGGGCCGGAGGAGGCGCACUGGACAGAGCGCGGGCAUGAUUGGCGUCAAGGGGGACUACACUGAUUAG